UUUAUUUUCAAUGGCCAGAAGACAUAAGAACUAAAUUCUAUAAUCCAGCCAACUUAGAAUAAAUUGCCCAUAACAUUAUUUUUUCCAUUGGGAAUUAAGCAUGAGAGCUUUAGCAUUGAGAAAGCCUCUUCAUCUUCCUCUGAUAGCUUUCUUGAUCGUCUUCCUGUGUUUCCUUCUGUAUCACUAUAAUGGAUCACUUCAACAAGCUCACACAAGGAGUGUGCUCAAUUCUCCAUCAACUUUACAAAGACAAGAGUUGGUUCAAGUGCUGAAGAAAGUGGCCAUGCCAGACAGAACAAUCAUCCUAACCAUGGUGGAUGAAUCAUGGGCAAGUCCUGGAUCUAUUCUUGACGUUUUUCUUCAAAGCUUCAAACAUGGAGAUGGGACUCAAAGAUUCUUGAAUCACUUGGCGGUCAUAGCCAUGGACCCCAGAGCCUAUGAAUACUGCAUUUCCUUGCAUCACCAUUGCAUCCACCCCAACACUUUUGUGCAUUAUUUUAUCACCAAAAUACAAUCCACCACAGGCCCAGAUCACAGUUCGUUCAGUUGGAGAAGGAACAAUGUUCUGUUAGAAAUGAUUGAAUUGGGUUACAACACAAUCUUCACGGAAGCAGAUGUACUAUGGCUGAGAAGUCCGUUAUCACACUUCAAUCCAAUUCAGGAGCUCUCAAUUUCGUGUGAUUCUUCUGGUAAUGUGCAGAGCGGCGAUUUCUCUCAGGACGGUGGAGUCUUUUUCUUGAAAGCGAAUGGUAUAGCUUUUGAAUUCCUCAAGUACUGGAAAUUGGUCAAGUUUCUGUUUCCAAAGUCUCCGGAUGAAGAUUCAUUAUGUGCAACCAUAAUGCAAAAUCAAGAUAUGGUUGCAGCUUAUGGCUUCCGUGUUAACCACAUAGAUACAACUUAUUUUGGUGGAUUUUGUCAGCAAAAUAAGGAUAUGUUGAUGGAAGCUUCUACCAUCCAUGCUAACUGCUGUGAAGAUCUCACAAACAAGGUUCAUGACCUUAGGAGUGUUCUUGAUGAUUGGAUUCAGUUCAGAAAAAAUGUAUCAGGUUCGGGCAAAAUGAUUAUGGGGAGGCCAUGGAAAUGCUUAGGAAGGAAAUUUACUUAGAACAUGAUGUAAUUUUCAGGUUAGAAAGAAUUUAUUUUACCAAAUAGAGGACCCUGAAGAAUGUAAAUUUUAGUGGAUGUGUUAUGACAGGAAAUAUAACGUGCUACAUCUGUGUUGUUUAUAGUGCAUUUGUUCUAACUUUU